CUAGUCUCCUCCCCGCCCCCCCCGGAGCAGACGAGUGGCGGCGGCCCCGGACCGGGUUCCCUCAGACAAGAGGGCGGGUGGAGGAGGAAGCGGCCGAGUCCCGAGUCCUGCUCCGGCGCCGCCGAGCACCGCCCGCCUCAGCCCACCAGCCCAGUCGGCUCCUGGGCCUCGCGGAGCCGAGAGGAGGGAAAGGCGGAGGCGGUUGCGUGGAGGCGGCGGGGUGCGGGCGGAGGCGGCGCGGCCGGCCGCGGCUACCGCUUUGUUGUGCGGCCCGGGCGGAGGAAGGAGAAGUGGGAGGAGGGGGGAGCUCGGCGUCCCGCUCCCUCCGCGGCUCAUGGCGACGACGCUCGGCACAUCCGGGACCCUCCGGCCGUGGCGGCCGCGGCGCCGGCUGCUCGGGCCCCAGCCCCGGCCGCUGUGGUGACUGCGCCGCGCCUCGCCGUCGCCCCCGCCCCGCCCGCCGGCUCCGGGCCCCGCGUCGGGGCCGUAGCCCCGCCGCCGCCGCCCCCGCCGCCGGGGACAUGUCUAACCCCGGGGGCCGGAGGAACGGGCCCGUCAAGCUGCGCCUGACAGUACUCUGUGCAAAAAACUUGGUGAAAAAGGAUUUUUUCCGACUUCCUGAUCCAUUUGCUAAGGUGGUGGUUGAUGGAUCUGGGCAGUGCCAUUCUACAGAUACUGUGAAGAAUACACUCGAUCCAAAGUGGAAUCAGCAUUAUGACCUGUAUAUUGGAAAGUCUGAUUCAGUUACGAUCAGUGUAUGGAAUCACAAGAAGAUCCAUAAAAAGCAAGGUGCUGGAUUUCUUGGUUGUGUUCGUCUUCUUUCCAAUGCCAUCAACCGCCUCAAGGACACUGGUUAUCAGAGGUUGGAUCUAUGCAAACUUGGGCCAAACGACAAUGAUACAGUUAGAGGACAGAUAGUAGUAAGUCUUCAGUCCAGAGACCGGAUAGGCACAGGAGGACAAGUUGUGGACUGCAGUCGUUUGUUUGAUAAUGAUUUACCAGAUGGCUGGGAAGAAAGGCGAACUGCCUCUGGAAGAAUCCAGUACCUAAACCACAUAACGAGAACGACACAAUGGGAACGCCCGACACGACCAGCAUCUGAAUAUUCUAGUCCUGGCAGACCUCUUAGCUGCUUUGUUGAUGAGAAUACUCCAAUUAGUGGAACAAACGGUGCAACAUGUGGACAGUCUUCAGAUCCGAGACUGGCGGAGAGGAGAGUCAGGUCACAACGACAUAGAAAUUACAUGAGCAGGACACAUUUACAUACUCCUCCAGACCUACCAGAAGGCUAUGAACAGAGGACAACUCAACAAGGUCAGGUGUAUUUUUUACAUACUCAGACUGGUGUGAGCACAUGGCAUGAUCCAAGAGUGCCUAGGGAUCUUAGCAACAUAAAUUGUGAAGAGCUUGGUCCAUUGCCUCCUGGAUGGGAGAUCCGGAAUACAGCCACAGGCAGAGUUUAUUUCGUUGACCAUAACAACAGAACAACACAGUUUACAGAUCCUCGGCUCUCUGCUAACUUGCAUUUAGUUUUAAAUCGACAGAACCAGUUGAAAGACCAGCAGCAGCAGCAGGUGGUAUCGUUAUGUCCUGAUGACACAGAGUGUCUGACAGUCCCACGGUACAAACGAGACCUGGUUCAGAAGCUAAAAAUUCUGCGGCAAGAACUUUCCCAGCAACAGCCUCAGGCUGGCCAUUGUCGCAUUGAGGUUUCCAGGGAAGAGAUUUUUGAGGAAUCAUAUCGGCAAGUCAUGAAAAUGAGACCAAAAGAUCUCUGGAAGCGAUUAAUGAUAAAAUUUCGUGGAGAAGAAGGCCUUGACUACGGAGGAGUUGCCAGGGAGUGGUUAUAUCUCUUGUCACAUGAAAUGUUGAAUCCUUACUACGGCCUCUUCCAGUAUUCAAGAGAUGAUAUCUAUACAUUGCAGAUCAAUCCUGAUUCUGCAGUUAAUCCGGAACAUUUAUCAUAUUUCCACUUUGUUGGACGAAUAAUGGGAAUGGCUGUGUUUCAUGGACAUUAUAUUGAUGGUGGUUUCACGUUGCCUUUUUAUAAACAGUUGCUUGGAAAGUCCAUUACUUUGGAUGACAUGGAGUUAGUUGAUCCAGAUCUUCAUAACAGUUUAGUGUGGAUACUUGAGAAUGAUAUUACAGGUGUAUUGGACCAUACCUUCUGUGUGGAACAUAAUGCCUAUGGUGAAAUUAUUCAGCAUGAACUUAAGCCAAAUGGCAAGAGUAUCCCUGUCACUGAAGAAAAUAAAAAAGAAUAUGUCAGGCUCUAUGUGAACUGGAGAUUUUUACGAGGCAUCGAGGCGCAGUUCCUGGCUCUGCAGAAAGGAUUUAAUGAAGUAAUUCCACAGCAUCUGCUGAAGACAUUUGAUGAGAAGGAGUUAGAGCUCAUUAUUUGUGGACUUGGAAAGAUAGAUGUGAAUGACUGGAAGGUAAACACUCGAUUAAAACACUGUACACCAGACAGCAAUGUUGUCAAGUGGUUCUGGAAGGCUGUGGAGUUUUUUGAUGAAGAACGACGAGCACGGUUACUUCAGUUUGUGACAGGCUCAUCCCGGGUGCCUCUGCAGGGCUUCAAAGCUCUACAAGGCGCUGCGGGCCCACGACUCUUUACAAUACACCAGAUUGAUGCCUGCACUAACAACCUGCCCAAAGCCCACACAUGCUUCAAUCGAAUAGACAUUCCGCCCUAUGAAAGCUAUGAAAAGUUGUAUGAAAAGCUGCUAACAGCCAUUGAAGAAACAUGUGGAUUUGCUGUGGAAUGACAACUCCAAGGAUUGAUCCAGGACUCUAUUUAUACCCCUGACCCACAGCCUCCUUGCAGCAGACUUUCAAGGAAUGCUGAAAUACAGGAAAAUGCCCCCCCCCUUUAAAAAAAUUGUAGGACACUGUGAGGGGAAAGGACAAUUUUGAAAUUCCUUUUCAAGGAAAAAAAAAAAAGAGGUCUUUAUGCUUUGCCAUGAGGCCACAUUCAGCUGCUAUUUAAAAUUAAUAUCUUGAACCUAAAGAAUGCUGACUUUUCCUACAUUUCCAGAGUUAGGCAGUAUUCUACACUUAAAGACUACUACUAUUUUUAUAAAAGCUAAUCUAUUCAAAUCGCUUCACAGAUUUCAAGUCUGUCAAACAUCAAGACAACUUCAGCAGUCGGUACAAGUCACAUUUCAUUUUGAUUGAGUACAUGAUUUUGAACAGCUCCUGUACUUGUUCUUUGUAAAAAAUAAAACGAAAUAAAAUUA